GCCACUUAUUACUUCUCACUUCCUACGCAGCUCCGGAGUUUCCUGCACUGGCGGCAAGUUUUGAUAGUCACUGAACUACUGCAGUGGGAAGGGAAAGGCAAAACCACUGGCUGUCUGCAAGUCUGGUGGAGCAAGGUGUUGACUGGAAGGAAAAGAAUGGGCGAGUAACACUGUGCAGCAUUCGCAGCGGUUAGCAGAGGGGGACAAGUGGCUCGGCACAAGGCUUGCGUCAGAGUAAGUGAAGCAGAGACAAUCCUUUGGAGAACAACUACUCUCUUGCUCCUGGUGGCUUAAAGUUUUAAGGACCCAGUUCGUUUCUUGUGGGCCUAUCCUAGAUUGAAGGAAAAAAAACCACAGGCAGUGAGGGAUCUGGGACACGUCUGGGAUAGUGCCAAGGAUGCUGUGUUUCCUGACAGCAUGAAGGAACAAAGGUCUGGGAAAUGUCCAGCCCUUUGCAUGCUGGCUUGGAGUUGCCUCCACUUUGCCUGGAGUGAUGCCAUCAGUUCCGGGGCCACUGGAGCUGGAAGUAUUGGAAGAGGCUUCCCGAGCGACGUCACCAAUAGAACCGACGUCCGUGGCAACCUUUCAGUUCAGUGUGUGACGCUUCUCCCUCCACCUUACGGUUCCUAUUACAUCGAGAAGGGCACCGGCCUCUCCCUGGGCUCAGUCAUCGUGUACUGGUGCAGAGACGGGUAUCAACUAGUGGGCAGCGAGAAGCUGACCUGCCUCCUCCGAGACAGCACCUCUUACUGGAGUCACCCAGCACCUCAGUGUGAGGCCAUCCCAAAGCCCCUUGACAAAGGGUUCCGGGUAGCAGUCAUAGCCUCUCUCAUCAGUGGCGUGAUCAUUCUGACCAUGUCUGUCUCCUUCGCUGCGUGCUGCUUGCAAAACAGGCUGCUGAGAAACAGCGCACAGCGGCUGAACACCAGGGAGGAGCAACAGCAGGGCAGGACGUGCCGGGGUGCAAGGCAAGCUGAUUCCACUAACAAGGAAAUGGAGAAGCAACAAGGAGCUUUUGGGAAACUGAAGCACCAUCACAGGCUUGAUUACCGCAUCUCUGCCCUCCGUAGUUCUGUAUACCCUGGGGCACUUGCAGGGUGCAGUAACCAGGGAUUCCAAAGGAGUCAGGAGAAUUCACACCAGCCGUCCAUGCAAAGGCUAUGCUCUGAAAUCCACGUCUUCCCACAAGUGGUUCUGCAGCCGGGUGCAUCACCAUCUGCCUCCUCUAUGUACAUUCAUUUGCCCCAGAAGCCAGGAGAUAUCUCCCUGGCUAUAAUGCCUUGUCAUGCCAACUCCCCCAGAGAUGUAGCCACAGCCUACUACCGAGGAUAUGAAGAACAUAAGCCCUUAAACCUAUAUUGAUAGUGAUCAGCUUACAAUUUUAAGCUAUUACCCAAUUCCUUAUUAACACCAAUUCCUUGGAAGUCUCCCAAGCUCAGCGAGCAGAGGCAUAUGAUACAAUCAGUGUGACUGGAUUUUCAAGCAGUUAUUGCAAACAGGUGGAAAAGAGUGACAUUUCAUGUUGAAAGUA